CUGCGUGUUAGUAAAGAACAGGAACACUUCCUGGUGCUGCCACACGGCCUGGCCUACAGCGAGGUGACCGGAUCCAAUCUGGUGAAGGUGAAUAUCGUGGGUGAGGUGGUGGAGAAGGGGAGCACCAACCUGGGCGUGGACACGGAGGAGUUCAGCCUUCACUCGGCCAUCUACUCCGCCCGGCCUGACGUUCGCUGCCUGCUCCACCUCCACACGCCGGCCACCGCUGCUGUUUCCUCGAUGAAGUCCGGCCUGCUGCCACUGUCCCACGAGGCUCUGCUGGUCGGCGAUGUGGCGUAUUACGACUACAACGGGGUGAUGGAGGAGGAGGAGGACAGGGUGGAGCUGCAGAAGAGCCUCGGUCCGACCUGUAAGGUUCUGGUGCUGAGGAAUCACGGCAUCGUGGCUCUGGGGGAGUCUGUGGAGGAGGCCUUCUACACCAUCUUCCACAUCCAGGCUGCCUGCCAGAUCCAG